AUGGAAACCUCUUUGCUAUUCGUGGCUUGUAAUCCAGGUGUGUUCACGGACCUUAUACAACAAAUGCAAGUAAAAGGUGUACAGGUUGAGGAGUUGUAUUCAUUGGACCUUGAUUCUCUUGACAGCCUGAGACCUGUAUAUGGUUUGAUUUUUCUUUUCAAAUGGCGCCCAGAAGAAAAAGAUGAGCAAGUUGUAGUUACGGAUCCAAAUCCUAACCUCUUUUUUGCCCGUCAGGUUAUUAACAAUGCUUGUGCAAGUCAAGCAAUUUUGUCCAUCCUCAUGAACUGCCCGGAUAUCGACAUUGGUCCAGAAUUGUCAAAGUUAAAAGAAUUCACAAAGAAUUUUCCACCUGAGCUCAAAGGAUUGGCUAUUAAUAACUGUGAAGCUAUACGCGUAGCUCACAACAGUUUUGCAAGACCUGAGCCUUUUGUUCCUGAGGAGCAGAAGGCUGCCAGCAAAGAAGAUGAUGUGUACCAUUUUAUAAGUUAUUUGCCAGUUGAUGGAGUGCUGUAUGAACUUGAUGGAUUGAAAGAGGGACCCAUCAGCCUUGGUCAGUACACUGGCAGGCAUGGUGAUCUGGACUGGCUGCGUAUGGUGCAACCAGUGAUCCAGGAACGCAUAGAAAGGCAUUCCAAUAGUGAGAUAAGAUUUAAUCUCUUGGCAAUAAUAAAAAACAGGAAAGAAAUGUAUACUGCUGAACUCAAGGAGCUCCAAAAGAGGAGGGAGCGUAUCUUGCAGCAGCUAGCUACCUUCCAGGCAGAAAGACUGGUUGAUCAUAGCAACUACGAAGCUUUGAACAAAUCCCUGUCUGAAGUAAAUGGUGGGAUUGAAAGUGCUACAGAAAAGAUUUUGAUGGAAGAAGAAAAAUUCAAGAAGUGGAGAACAGAAAAUAUCCGUAGGAAGCACAAUUAUAUUCCGUUUCUGUUCAACUUCCUCAAGAUUCUUGCGGAAAAGAAGCAGCUGAAGCCCCUUAUAGAGAAGGCCAAGCAAAAAACUGGAUCCUCCAAGUAA